AUGGAUCAAGUAGAGAAACCAGAGGAACCCAAAAAGCAACCAAACCAAAGAGUAGAAACAAAAGAUAAAGAUUAUACCCCACCGCCACCAUAUAAGCCACCAAUUCCAUAUCCGCAGAGACUUAAACAAACCAAAAUAGAAAGUCAAUACAAAAAAUUCAUCAAGGUGAUAGAAAAAAUCCAUGUAGAGAUCCCUUUUACUGAAGUAAUCACCCAAAUACCAUCACAUGCUAAGUUCUUAAAAGACAUUAUGUCCAACAAACGUAAACUCGACAAUCCUAAACCUUUAGAAUGCAACUUCAUUUUCGAAAGUAAACUUGCCAAGAAAGAAAAGAACCCUGGAAGCUUUUCCAUUCCUUGCAUCCUAGGAAAUCAUAUGAUCGUCAAAGCAUUCUUAGACCUAGGAGCGAGCGUAAGUUUAAUGCCUUUGGUAAUUUGCAAGAGGUUAAAUUUAGGAGAACUUCAACUGACUAAAAUAUCCUUACAAUUAGUUGAUAGAUCUGUCAACUACCCUAUGGGGAUAUUGGAAUACAUACUAGUCAAGAUAGGUCAGUUGUAUAUCCCAACCGACUUCGUAGUAAUGGAUAUUAAGGAAGAUGAAGAAAUUCCGGUUCUUCUAGGAAGACCAUUCUUGUCGACAGUCGGAGCCAUAAUAGAUGUUAAGAAAGGAAAAUUAACUUUUGAAGUAGGAGAUGAAAAGAUUGAAUUCAUUCUUUCUAAGUUCCUAAUGGCACCAGCGAUUGGAGAUGCAUGUUAUGAAAUCGCUAUCAUUGACGAAUGCAUAAAUGAACUAGAGCGAGUUGAAUCUAUAAUUAAAUUGCCUCGACCCCCAUUUUGGAGGAUGACGGAUUUAAGAGAAUAA